AUGAAAACAGAAAAUGAUAAUUGGAAUGUUUCACGGGAAAUCUGUUUAACGGAUUUCAUUAACUGUCCGUUGUGUUAUCAUACAAAUUUUAUUAGUAUGGUUUUAUUUAUAGUUGGUAGUACAUUUUUUAUUUUUAAUUUAUUAUAUGUUUCAGGAUGUAUUAUUUUUGCAAUAGCAUCAGCAAUGUGUUUUUAUAGCAAUAUAGUAGGUGCAUAUACAAUUGGGUCAAAUAAUAAAAAGGAAUUUUAUGGAUAUAUAAAUUAUACAUUAGGAUGCUUAUUAUUUGUGAUAGGAUCAAUAUAUUGUUGUUUCAAAGAUGAUAGUUUAUCAGUAAAAUUAUUUAUUUUUGGGAGUAGUUUUUUUCUUAUUGGAGCAUUGUGUUUUAUGUAUGGAAUAACUUAUAGACAAAUCAAAAAUAUGGAUUGGAGACUUUUAUUUGUAUAUAUAGUAAAUUUAAUAGGAUCAAUAUUAUUUACUGUUGCAAGUUUUUUAUUUUUUUAUCCACAGUUUUACAAUUAUGCAUGCUAUUUAUAUAUAGAAGGAAGUAUAUUAUUUACUUUGGGUACAUGGUUUGAUUAUAUUAUUUAUAUAAAUAACAAUAUAAUUCUACCAAAUUGA